AUGCAUAAACAGAAACGCCUCUUUCCUUUCUCUCUCAUACUCUCUCUCCUCUUCCUCUUUUCACUCUCUCUGAUCCCCGCCACUGCAGCCAAAACUCCACUCCAGUGCAAGUCCACUCUCUACCCAAAAUUCUGCCACUCCAUUCUUUCGGCCUUUCGGCCCUCGCCGUCGGCCCACAAUCCCUACGGCUACGCUAAAUUCUUUGUCAACCAAUGCCUGAAACAUGCGCGGAAAAUAUCCCAACUCAUCCACCUGCAUCAGCGGUGGGAAUCCGGCGACGGGAGAGAAGUUAGGGCAGUGGAGGACUGUCGGGAGCUCUUCAUGCUCAAUGUCGAGUUGCUCGAGUCCAUCGCCGAGGAUCUCCGGUUGGUCGAUGAUCAGUCGAUGACUAGAGAGCGGGUUGACGGGAUCAGGUCCCGGCUCAGCGCCAUCGUGACUAACCACGAGACGUGCUAUGACGGUUUGGGGGAGGCGAAGAGCGGGAUUCUACGGCCGCGGGGGAACGGAAUGGAGGCGGCGGCGUCGUUGGCUGCGGUGAUGUUCAAAGUGAGAAGGCUGUACAGCGUGUCUUUAGGGUUGGUGACUCAAGAGCUAAAUAGUAACCAAAAAGACCAUCAACACCAUCAUCACCACCACCACCACCACCACCAUCACCACCACCAGCAUCAAGACCACGGCAACAGAGAUAAUGUUGAAAGCGGCUCCGACAAAAGACUUCCUCCCGCACCGGUCGCCCCAGUGGCCCCGGUAAACCUCUACCGGGAGCCAUUGGUGCAGUUUAUCAAGGAAUUAAAGUCGACUAAUUGCACUUCAUCAUCAUCAAAAUCCUGUCCAAAGGAAGGAGGUCGGAUUCAGUCAGGAAUGGAAGGGAAGGGAAUUUUAAUUCGCGAUGUUGUUAUCGUCAGCAAAGAUGGCACCGGAAAUUUUACAACCAUAGGAGAGGCCAUCGCAGUUUCACCUAAUAAUACAAGGCGUGAAGAGGGGUAUUUUGUGAUAUAUGUCAAACAAGGAGUAUAUGAAGAGUAUAUUGACAUCAAAAGUAAUAAGAGGAAUAUAAUGUUGAUCGGAGAUGGUAUCAAUGCCACCAUCGUUACUGGAAACCGCAACGCCAAAAAUAAGCGCUUCACUACUUUCUACACUGCAACAUUUGCCGUUUCUGGUGAUCGAUUCAUCGCCAUAGACAUUACAUUCCGGAAUACGGCAGGUCCAACAAACGAUCAAGCUGUCGCGGUCCGAAACCAAGCUGACCUCUCAACGUUCUACCGGUGCAGUAUCGAGGGCUACCAAGAUACUCUCUACGCCCACUCUCGCCGGCAAUUCUACCGCGAAUGCGACAUCUACGGCACCGUCGAUUUCAUCUUCGGCGAUGCAGCCGCCGUCUUCCAGAACUGCAACAUUCUCGCCCGAAAACCAUUGUUCGGCCAAGCAGAUGUUAUCACCGCGCAGGGCCGGGAAGACCAUUAUCACGAUUCUGGCUACUCGAUCCACAAUUGCACCAUCACCGCAGCACCGGACCUCGCUGCUAGCCCGAACUACGCCCUGAGCUACCUCGGACGGCCGUGGAAGCCGUAUUCGAGGACGGUUUACAUGCAAUCUUAUAUCGGGGGACUUAUAGACCCAAGAGGAUGGUUGGAGAUGAACGGUGCAGAAGGAUUGGAUACUCUUUACUAUGGAGAGUAUGAGAAUUAUGGCCCUGGUGCUGAUACUAGUAGGAGAGUUCAGUGGCCUGGUUUUACUUCGUUGAGUGCUUCAGAUGCUUUGAAGUUCACUGUAGACAAUCUUACUACUGGAUCGUCUUGGUUGCCCGACACGGAUAUACCUUGUUCUGCAGGAUUAAUAUUGGAGUCUUAG